AUGAGCGAUACGCUUCACAAGCGCGAGGUGUCGGUGAGGGUGGCUGAGCUGAUGGGCUGCUCAAAGGCCCGUGGGGAGCAGGUGCUCAGCGCAGUGCUGGAGAGCGUCACGGAUGCAGUUCGGGAGGGAGACAGGGUGGUUCUUAUGGGCUUCGGCACGUUCGAGGCGAGAGUGAUGAGAGAGCGAAGGGUACGUCCCAUACGAGGCGUGAACAGGGGCGAGCUCAUCGAGGUUCCGGCGCGCAGGAGCGUGUGUUUCAGGGCGGGCGCGACGCUCAGGCAGGUCGCCGCGGAGUAG